GUCUGUCACUCACCAAUUUGCUCUUUCUCACUCUUGUCUCUCUCUCUGGCGCUUGCCGCUCUCGUGGCUCUGUGGCUCUUUCUCAGUCUCUCUGCUCUUGCUCUGUGUCUCUUGGGCUGUCUCGCACACACCCGUCGGCCACUAACCAAUGAGUACGUACUUUACAGGUGGAUACAUACCUACCUUGCUUUGCACCUGCCCGCUCUCUUUCUGUACGGAGCAUUUGUAUACACACACCUCUGUCGUCGUAACAUCCACUCCCCCAGUCUGCCUCUCUGCUCUCUAUCCCCUACUCACUGCGUCUCUGGCUGA